AUGACUUCCAGAAGUGACGCUUAUCAAACGGUUAAACGAGGUCCGAUGAAAUUCAAAGGAAACAAAUCAUUGUUUAAAUCUGAUAAGCGGAAGAGAAAGAAGAAAUUGGAAGAAGGCGAUGUCACACAGGAUGAUCCAGAUGUUGAGAUUCAUGGUGGCUGGAGGUCGAUAAAUGAUGAAACUGAUCUUCGGGGUGGUAUAAAUGUAUGCAUUGAAUGUGAUACAACGCCGGGAACAUACCUAGCAGCCAUGGACAACGGACGAUUUACGAUUGGUGGACCACAUUUGGCUGGCGAGGGACCAAAUCCAGAAGAAAUGUUUACAUUGAUAAAAACACCAGAUGAUAUGCUUGUCAGCAUGAAAACAGGUUUUGGCAAAUAUAUUGGCGUGGAUUCGGAAGGAAACCUCAUAGCUACAGCUGAUGCUGUUGGUACGAGAGAACGAAUGAUUGUUGUUUUCCAGGAGGGUAAAACCGCAAUACAAUCUGCUUCGAACAAUCUCUUCUUGAGUACGAAAAGUGACACUGAAGGUUACGUACGUGUCACAAGUCGGAAGGCGGAAGCUAAUGAAAUGAUUAAGUUAAGAACCGAUGCAAGAAAAGAGGGACCAGUUGAUUGGCGUACAGAAGAAGAUAAAAAAUCCGCUGCAGAAUGUGAAACAAGCUAUGUGAAAAUGUACCAGCAUUCAAAAGUUGCCGUAAAAGGAAAAUACAUAAAUGUCAAUUUGGAUGAUAAAGAGUCCGUACGUCGCGCUCAGCAGGAAGGCAAUUUGCACGAAUUGUUGCUGGAACGCCGAGUUAAAACAAAAAGUGAUAAAUAUUGUUAG